UCCUUGACUUUGCCUUAUUUAUCACAUCCCGUUGUCUAGCAUCUAUAGAAGGGCUUUCCAUUCUGGGAGGACCAUAUACUGAUGAAAAUCCAAGUAGAGGAUGACUAAAGUGCUUCCUAUAGUGUCAGGAAGAUCUGAUGAGUUCCAAUCCUGCCUCAGACACUUACUGUGUGACCUGGGUGCAAGUCAUUUAACCUCUAUCUUAUUCAGUUUCCUCAUCUAUAAAUGGGAAUCAAGACCAGAUCUUCCCUAUACCUGUCUUGUCACUAGAAAAAGUUUCUCUACCCAUGUAAAGAGUCUUUGCCAGGACUAUGUUCCUAGGGUUUUCUCCCCACUAUUCAUUUGGAGAGAUCUAAUUCCUCUAUGUAGUCCCUGUUUAUUCUUUUAUUCAUCUUUUUUACCCCCCAUUAAAACAGUUUGCCUCAUAAAAAUUGCUCCAUGUAGGAUCCCCAACAUGAUCACAAAUAGAGUUUGGAUGAUUUUAGAGGUACCUAGUUGAUUCCAGUCAGCUGAGGAAACUUUUCAAAAUACCCCACAGUGAAGGAAGUAGCCUAUAGGAACACCAGAACAGAGAAAAGAUGGCUAAAAUAAACAAUGCGAGGUAGCUUUAACAAAAUCCAUUAUUGAUUAGGCCAUAUUAACAGCUGAUUCCAGCAGUACAGACUUAAAAAAAAAUAAGCUUCAGGGGCAGAGAGCCAUAUCAGAGGCUCUGAGAGUAGAUAAAGACCUUCCAUUUUAUGACUGUCUGAAUAACAGUAGGAACUCAUUUUUCAGUGUAAGUUUUCCAUGAUUAGGUACACAUUUCUGUGGAGUAUUACACAGUCCUAGUAAACAUUACUAAAUCCUAUUAGCAAAACAUUGCAUUAAAUAGCAUUAAACUCUUUGAAAGCAAUUCAAGAAUUUACCUGACAAACAUGGGAUUGUUCAGAUAGAAGCCCAGCAUGACCAAAUGGAGUGAUUUGGCUCAGAUUAACUUCUAACUUUGCUCCUAGGGAAAAAAAAGAUUAGGUUUUGAGAUGAGCUCCUUAAGUCAGUUCAGUCAAUGAGCAUUUCAUAAGUACCUACUAUGUGCCAUGCCUUGAGUACGAAAAACAGCAAAGCGCAGCCCUUUCCCUUGAGGAGCUUUCCUUCUAUUGAGAAAAGAUGACACACUAGAAAGCUGAAAAAGUAGAGAGGAGGAUAACUGAGGGGUGCAGCCAGGUGGAAAAUAAAGAGAUUGCCAGACUGAGCUUCCUCCUUUAAGUUCUGGGAAGAGCUCUCCACUUGCCAAUCAGGGAAGGUUCCCAAGACCAGAGGGUACUGAUGAGGGGUAAAAUCCAGUAAUAUCAGUUGCCUUUUAUAUAAAGGAUACCAUUGCUGGGAAUUCAAAUUCAAAACCAAAAGACAUAGAAACAAGUAAAUAAAAAGUACAAAAGUAAUUUCAAAAGGCAGAAAAUACAAAUAACUGAGGGAAGGGACGCUUCAGGUGUAGAUAGCCCUCGAGCUGUAUUUUGAGAAGUGACGAUUCUAUAAAGUGUAGGCGAGCAGAGUCAUUCCAGGCAUGGGAGACAACUUGUACCAAGUAAGGAGAUAGGAGACUAAACUGCUCUCUGCGGAACAACUCUCUAGCUGGUCUGAUUGGAAAAGGGAGUGCUUAAAAGAGAUGAGUGAAAUUAGAACAGAAAAGUAGUGGGUGAGAAUAGAGAGUUUUUAAUGUCAUACUGAGGAUUUUUGGUUUUAUUGUUGGGGCAUGGACCCCUACAUUUGCUCGUGGCAGACAUGCACGCGUGCGCAAGCCCGAGUUUACUGCUAGUAUGUAGUGCCGGGCCCUCCAAACCUAUAGGGGGCAGCAGGUCCCGCGCUCGCCUCCACGUCAUGUGAUUUGAUCCUUUUCCUCAACUCUUACUUCCGGGGCACGGGGCGGAGCGGAGGUAGAGAGGAAGAUGGUGAAUCUACGGCCUCGGAGAUCUUGCCGCACGUUGCCAGUAAGGCUGGUAGUGGACCAAGGAGGCGAUGAAGAAGACUCAGAGAGGGAAAGCUCAGAAGAGGAAAGGCAGGACGUGGAGUUCCCCGAUGGAGACCCAGUAGCUGAGCCGAUGGCAGACGAGAACGAAGACGAGGUCGAGGACGAUGAAGCCCCCGAAGAGGUGACGUUCGCCAGCGCUCAAGCGGAGGCCAAGGAGGACGAGCGGCGGCUGCGGGACGCUUUGCGCAGGGACAAGGAACUCCUAAAGGAAAAGAGGAAGCGGCGGGAAGAACUGUUCACGGAGCAGAAGAAAAGAAAACUACUUCCUGCCACUAUUUUAGAAGAGUUAACUACAGCUCCCCAGACUAAAGUUAAUGAAUCAUCAUCAGAACUGAAAAAAGGUAAUGUGGAAAAUGAGAACAAGGAGAAGAAAGAAGAAAAAAUGUUCCCUAAACGAGUAAAGAAGAGAUACAUGGCCUGUAGACUAAAAGACCAAGAUCUGAUAGACUUAAGACAGCAAGCAGCCAAAGGCUUCCUACAGAAGUAUUUAUAUGGUCGAGGGAGCAACAGAACUACUGUAAACAAAUUUCUCUCCCUCAACAACAAGAGACUACUAGUUAAAAAACCUGCAGUCCAGUUUGUGAACAAUAGUUGGGGAAUGGAGAGAAAACAAAAUGCUAAGAAGUUCAAAAAACAGUGGAUGCAUAAAAAGAAACUAGCUUCCAGAAGACCAAAUAUCAUAUAAGUUUUUUCAAUGUUCACAUAGAGUUUAUUAAACCUGUUUUUGUUUUUAGAA